GUGUGCAGACGGAGAAACGCGCAAGGUAGUGAGAGGACUCGGCAGUAGGGGGACCUCCUAUCCACCGCAACCGGCGCUUUAAUUCCAUUCACCACUGCGAGACCCCAUCAGAGUCCACCGCUGAGAUCCACGCAACCUGCACCGUUACGGAUUUAAUGUUUUUAACAGGCUGUUUUCCCGAAAGUACUGUGUUUAUCUGCGCCGUGAAACUCUCGAGUAGACUCAGUGUUGUGUGUGGAUGAGGCUGUGAGAGGGUGAGUGUAUCAGGAUGACGAUGAAAGGCUUGUCCUCCAGCCGCAGCCACCACCACACACUCACACACUGCGACCCAUCCUACGAGUCUUUGACCCUCCGCCACGACCGACGGCCUUAUGUCCUUAACCAGGCCCACCCGACCGACCACAGCUUCUACGGGUGCCAGUCUGAUCUGGCCAGCAGCACAUUUCCACGCCGACAUCACGGCUCACAUCACGAGCUUAAGGACGAAUGUGCCAUAGUGCCCUAUGUGGGACCGGGGGGCAUAGCCGGAGGAACUGGGGGUGGGUGCGGCCCAUGCAGCUCGGCUGCCAUCCCAUCAUACUUGCUGGAGAAGUUUGACCAGCAGCAACCAGUGAGAAAGGAUGGGUAUCACACGUUGCAAUACAAACGGACUGCAGCGCUGGAGCACCAGCGCAGUGACAGUCCUGGGCGUAUACGCCACCUCGUACACUCUGUCCAAAAACUAUUCACCAAGUCCCAUUCCCUGGAAGGUUCCAGUCAACGCAGCGUCAACGGAAACGACCCCGCCAUCCCAGCCAAUGCAAUGGCUACGGCUACAUCCCAUCCGAAUGUUUCCACCACAACUAUAGGCACCCUGCACAAGUCGUCCAGCAACAAGCGGGGGAAAAACAAGGAACGCAGUCGCUCCGAGCCCAAACCUCGUGCACGGACACCCGGGUCGGGUUACUGGAGCUCCGACGACACUCUAGACAGGGAGAUCUGCCUUUACCACCAGCAUCAACCCUCAGGAGUCAUGACCAUGGGCCGGCAUCCGGACAAAUCCCAGUCCCACUACUUCUUGGGACAGAGCUACAACACACUAGGAGGGGGACACUCGUCCCUGAAGACCUCACGAAGCAACAAUGACGUUGGAAGUUGCUCCACUUGCUCCAACCCCACAGGAGGCGCUCUGACCUUCAGAGGCCCGAUGUCAGUAGACCAGGCUGGGCCGCUCGUCAAGAAGAGCUCCUGGUCAAGCACACUAACGGUGAGCAGGGCCCGAGAGGUGUACCAGAAGGCCACUGUCAAUAUCGAUAAAGCUCUAGUCAAAGCACAGACCUGCCAGCAGGGACGAACCUGCCAGUUUUUACAGGUUCCUCAGGAUGAGUGGGGUGGCUUCUCGUCUGUGGGUCAGGAUGACGAGAUCCCGUGCAGGAGGAUGAGGAGCGGCAGCUACAUCAAGGCUAUGGCAGAGGAGGACAGUGGAGACUCAGACUGCAGCCCUAAACCCUCACCCAAAGUCCAGGCCCGGAGAGCCAGCUACCUGAAAGCCACUCAGCCCUCCCUCACCGAGAUGACCACACUCAAGAUCAGUACGGAGUCCCAUUCCCCCAAGCUGCAGAUCCGGAGUCACAGUUACCUGCGAGCGGUGAGUGAGGUUUCGAUCAACCGCAGUUUGGACAGUCUGGACCCGGCCGGUCUGCUGGCCUCGCCCAAAUUUCGUUCCCGAAAUGAGAGUUACAUGAGGGCCAUGAGCACCAUCAGCCAGGUUGGUCAUCGCCCCCUUCGUUCUCUGGUGGAAAUCGCUGUUAAGAUGCUGAUCUUACACCAGUGGGAAACAACAACUGGGCCUGGAUCAGACCCUAAGGGUGAUUUCCAACCAGAGCCUUCCUCAACGUCAGCCUUCAAGAAGGUUUGCAAAGGGGAGGAAAACAUGCAAAAAUGAAAAGAAGUUAUAUUUUUGCUAAAUUUUUGCUCAAUCCCAUUAAUCAUCUCAUGGAAUCCUUUAUCAUCUCUUCAUCCAUGCAUUAUUCAGAUUCCUAAUUCGCGUACUAUCAGUAUGGUAUGGAAGAUUAGGAUUAGCAUCACAAAUUGUAUGUUUGUGUAUACUGUUUAAGGUGCCUAAGUUAGUGUACUUCUUGACAAUU